AUGAAACAAGAAAAAAGAUCCGAAAAAGCUGAAAGGAGAAAUUCGAUUUCCGAUGAAACGUUUAAUUAUUACAAAAGAGUUCACGAGAGUUUUAAGGAUCUUACGCUUAGUGGAAUCGAUCAAGAUAUAUUUUUUACAAAUGUGUUCCGACAACUUGAAAAUGAGGCUCUUGUUGCACACAAGAAAACGGAUUCCUAUAAAGAAAAGCUCCAUGAAUCAAAGCCAGAUGAAACAUUUCAUAAACAGUUUUUUAAAAUAUCAAAGUUAAUUAUCAAUUCUUCUCACUUCACAAACUAUGUUUCUGACAAAGCUGCAAAUCCUGUCAUUCAACUGAUACUGCAUAUCACAUGUCAAUUGAAACAACAUAAAGGGGAGAAACUUUGUAAGAAAUUGAUCCGUUUAUGUGGUUUUUUUGAUGUUCCUGCAGUUGACCCUGAAACCCCUCUUACAGAUCAUACUAGAUUGCCUGUCUUGAUGAUGGAUGUUUAUGCUACUUAUUUAGUUCAGCUUUUGCUUCAACAUUGUUCAGAAGAGCUUUUCUUAGCUUGGUAUGAAAGUUCAUUUAAGGACAGAUUAAUUGCUUAUGCAAUCCAUGAACAAUCAAACUAUGUCCUACAACAUGUCAUUGAGAGAUGCUCCAGUAAAGAAAUGUUUACUUUUAUAUUUGAUGAAAUCACUCCUUAUCUUGAAGAUAUGCUAUCCAUGAAGCACAUGGGUGUGAUCAAGACUCUUAUUCGAAAAUGCUUAACACUAGGAACAAAACAGAAAAAAAUUGUCAAAAAGUUACUUGAUGCUUUCCACUGUACAGAAGAAGAUAAAAAAAUCUUAAUUGUACCUUUAUUAAUGGUUAUGAAAACUUAUGAAGUUUAUAUGGAAAAUAUCACAAUUGAUGAUGAGGUAGAAAAACCAGAGAAGUUUGCCAAAAUCAUAAUUAACAUUCAUGGCUCUAUGAUUGUACAGACCCUUUUUAAUUUUGGAAAUCCCAAACUCUUUGUAGACAGUUUCCUCUCUCUAACUCCCAAACAAAUGGUUUCGGUGAUGUGUAGCUAUUUUGGUAAUUUUAUGAUAAAAGAAUAUUUCAAGAGUUCAACAAUUGGAGAAAAGAGUAAGGAUGCUGUCUUGCAAAAGAUAUCAGGUAGUUACAGUGACAUUGCCUGUGACAGGAUUGGCAGCCAUACGUGGCAGGACAUAUGGAAUUAUUUAAACAUCAACCAGAAGACAAACAUUGCUGAAGAGCUGUGCAAACAAAUAGAAAAAGUUAGAAAGAAUAAAUAUGGCGUCUAUGUCUAUGCAAACCUUGCUCUGGGUACUUAUCGUCACAACUGCCAACAAUGGCAGACAUCACAAGCAGCUUUAACCAAUAAACGUAAAAUGUUUAAAGACAUAUUAGAUCCCAACGAGGUUAGAAAAAAAUCAAAAAAGUCGUCAAAAUCCAAAGAAAAUAAGCAAGACUGCUUGAACAGUAAUGAUCAACCAGAUGAUGCCAUUGAUUUUGACCUUUUCAAGCCAAAGAAUAAAGUGAAAACCUGA